AUGGGUCAGGCCCUGUUUCGGUUUUCAUCCCCUCUGCAGUGCUCACCUCCUCCUGUUUUCUCACAGAUCAAGAAACUCAUCAAGAAGUACAUCACCAAGCAGGAGACCAUCAACUUGGUGGUGGUCCCCAGUAACGUGGACAUCGCCACCACGGAGGCGCUGAGCAUGGCUCAGGAGGUGGACCCGGAGGGGGAUAGGACCAUAGGAAUCUUGACAAAGCCUGAUCUGGUGGACAAAGGCACAGAAGAUAAGGUUGUUGACGUGGUACGAAACCUCGUGUGCCACCUGAAGAAGGGCUACAUGAUUGUCAAGUGCCGGGGCCAGCAGGACAUCCAGGACCAGCUGAGCCUGGCUGAGGCUCUGCAGAGAGAGAAGGCCUUUUUUGAGGACCACCCGUACUUCAGGUACACUCGCCUGGGUUUCUCCAAAGCAGAUGUCUGCUGUGUGUGUGUGUGUGUGUGUGUGUGUGUGUGUGUAUCGGCAAUGACUCUAGAACUUUCAUGGAAGAAUGAAAGGGGAAUUCACUAAGCACUAGAAAAAUAUAAUUAAAAAUCUUCAAAAUAAGGAAGAGGCCCUGUACAAUACUUUAAAUAGUCUGGUUCUGGAAGUAGAAUAGAAACAUAAACAGAAGAGAAGAGAAAAAAGUCAAAAGCCUAGAAAUAGUCCCCACUACAUAUAUAUUUGACACAUGGUAAAUUCCACAUUUCAAAUCAACUGGUUAUAUCAGUUUGAUUAUCAACCAGUGGCAUUGGGAUGAUUGCUUAAUAUUUGGAGAAACAUUUACAUAGUGCCCUUAACACCUUAUACUGAAAUAAAUAUCAGUUGAAAUUUAAAAUUAAAUAUAACAAUGACGCAUAAACACCCUGGAAAUAGAUAUAGACAGAUGGUUUAUACCCCUCUGUGAACACUCUCAGGCCAAAGGUAAAAUUUUUCGUAAAAGGAAAAGAUGAGUAAGUUGAUGAGAUUUAAAACAAUGAGACUAUGUAGAGUUGUGAAAAUUUCUUGGGUUCACCUCUACCAGAAUCCUGCAGAAAAACCUACUUAGAAUUAUAGGGGUAUCAAAUAGAUACUCAACACUGUCCUGCAUAGCAGCUCUGGUCACAAUGGCCAAGAGGCAAAACAACUCAAGUGUCCAUCAGUCGAUAAACAAAAACGUGGUCUGAGGCUGGGUGCCGUGGCU